AUGGAACCAUAUUCAAUCAACGAAUACAAUGAUGAAGAAGAGGGAUCAUAUGAUGAUCAUGACCCAUUGAUCAUUUCAGAUAAUAGUAUGGGUGUACCGACCGAACCACUCAUUCCACAACCAAUAUCGAUUAAAAAGGAAAGAGGACAUUCAUUGGGCGAGAAAUCCAUCACACAAUUGGCAUCAUUUAUCUUUAUCGUCAAUCAAAUCUAUGGACCUGGUGUUCUUUCCAUUCCAGUUGUAUUUCAACAGGCUGGUUGGUUAAUGACUCUACUUUCACUGACAUUUUUCCUUUUGGUUUCGUGUCUUGCAUCAACACUGCUCUGUGAAUCACUCGCAUUGAUUCCUGGCAAUCGAACAUUUGAAAAGCACAUAGAGUAUAGUGUCGCAGUCAAAUACUAUUUUGGAAAGAAAUGGUAUCUUGUUUUUCAAAUUCUAAAUAAUCUUUGUAUUCAAUCUUAUAAUAUUGCUAGUAUUGUUAUUUGUGCUCAAUCAAUGGAUCAAUUUUUAGUAUUUAUGUUUAAAAAAACAUUUGCAUUUAGUUUACAUCCAACACUUGGAUUUAUAGAAUGUGGAGGAGAUGUCAGUGCAUUAUAUACUACUGGAACAGUGACCAUUUCACUUGGAUAUAUUAUUAUCUGUGCGAUUGCCAUCCCAACCUCUUUUAUGAAUCUCGACGACAAUGUAAAGGUUGUGCAAACAGCAUCCUUUACCCAAGUCAUCUAUGACAUUUCAAUGGCUGCCAAAGGUGAAGAUAUCCUUGCACAUUAG